UAAUACGGUUGUGACUACAUGUGUCCUAUGCUUUCAGACACACCUCUGCACUCACGCCACACACUCACGCCACACACACACAGAUUUGUAAUUUUAAUAGUUAGGUCCUCAGAAGUGUGUCAGAGGACACUAAAAACACCAGGUUUUGUGGGGAUCACAACUCCAAGGACUCUUUAAGCCCCUGCAGAGCAAUGUGGGUUGUCUUGGCCUUGCUGCUUGCCUUGUCCGGUGGGACUCUGUCUCUGGACAAGCUCAACAUGUGUAUGGAUGCAAAACACCACAAAGAAGAGCCUGGCCGUGAGGGUGACCUUUAUAAGCAGUGUGAUCCAUGGCGUGACAACGCAUGUUGCACAGCCAACACUUCCACAGCGGCACACAAUGACUCUUCAUACCUUUACAAUUUCAACUGGAACCACUGUGGUAUGAUGAGUCCAGAGUGCAAGAAACACUUCAUCCAGGACACCUGCUUCUACGAAUGCUCCCCACACCUGGGACCCUGGAUACAGAAAGUGGACCAGUCCUGGCGUAAGGAGCGGAUCUUGAAUGUGCCUCUGUGUAAGGAAGACUGUGACACUUGGUGGGAGGACUGCAAGAGCGACCUCACCUGCAAGAGCGACUGGCACUAUGGAUGGGAUUGGAGCACAAACCAAAACAGAUGCCCUCAGGAUGCCAAAUGUAGGAAAUGGACUGAUGUUUAUCCCACACCCAAGUCCAUGUGUGAGCAGAUCUGGUCCAAUUCCUACCUCUACACCACCCUCUCCAAAACCUCGGGCCGCUGCAUGCAGCUCUGGUUCACCAGCCCAAACCCCAACAAAAAGGUGGCAGAGUACUAUCUAAACACUGGUACUAAGGCACAACAAAGCUUUGCCUUAACACUUCUUCUUGCUGUGAUGUAUUUACUGUAAUGAUGUUAUGAAUAAAACCAUUAUAGAC